AUGGGCGCCAUCAUGAUGACGAUCGGCUCCCUCACCCGCUGCAUCUCUGCCGAAUCGCCCUCGCAGCUGAGCCCCUACAUCCUGCAAUACCUCUGCAUUCUGCUCCCUCCCUCCCUCUACGCCGCCUCAAUCUACAUCACUCCCCUCGAGUUGGCCGCCAGUUCUGGACGCAGGAGCAGAUAUCAAAUGGGGCCAUCCGCUGCACCGAUCAGCAGGCAAAAAGUCCCCCGGAUCCCCGUCCUGGAGUGGCUCGUCGAGCGAGGAGCAGAUGUCAACGCCGCGGAGGAGACGCAGCACCUAACACACCGAUAUGCGACCGUUGAAGACCUCAUGCGCGAGCUUCAAAAGCAUGGGUUGGCCGCCGCGGUCAUCAACGCCGAGGGGGAGCUGAUGCAGGCCGACGCAGAGUUACUCAGGGCACGCCGUGGCGCAGGAGGAGCGUUUGGAGUCAUUCAGAGCUUAUCACUCCGGUCCAUCGUCUUCAACGAACUCUCGCGGGGGCAAAUCGCAAUCCAGUCCGAUGACCUUCCCGAAGUCAUCCGACAGUAUAACAUGGGCUACCAGGUCUUGGGUACGGCAGGAAUGCCUCCCGAACUCACCUUGCAACAGAGUGUCGUCAAUACAACUCAUGGCCAGGCCUUGAUGGUCCUGUUUGUAUGGGCCUCCUCCGACAUCGAGGCUGGAAUGGAAUGGGCGGACAAGAUAUGCACGCUCGCACCGACUUGCGGCCGCGUGUGGACGAUCAACAUGAAGCGACUGACCGAGGAAAUCCUAGCCGUCAUCACCAACCAUCUGGUGAAAAUACCCGGGCAUCCGCACACCCUGUUCUCCCUACAUGAACUGCGCACAGGCACCCCGUCCGCUCAGGCCGAACCCGAUUCCGUUUUCACAGCCCGGGAGGGCCACUUCGUGUUCGAAAUUAUCUGCGGAGCGCAGGAGGAACAAAACUUGGAUGCUGCAUUGGCGUGGGGUCAGGGCUUUUAG